AUGACUAAAUAAAUUCUAAAAAUCAUCAUUACAAGAAAUUAUGAAGUAAAAUAUAUAUAUCAUAUAAAUAUAGAAAAUUAAGACUUAUAGAAGAUUUCCAUGGAAAGAUCAUGAAUUUAAUAAAUGUGAAAAUAGAGCAUAAGAAAUCUAUUAAAAAUAUCAUUCAUAAUAAUUCAGUAUUUUUAAAUAUUAAAUUUAGAAAAUGAAAAGAAACUUUUGAAAAAGGAAUUAAUUAAAUUAGAACAUAUUGAAAUAUCUGAAUCUAUAUCAUGA